GAUAAUGAAUGAAGUGUGCUCCGGCCAAAGAUAAAAAAAUAUCCCAAGAUUCGUUGAUAUGGCGCUCAAGGGAGUUAAGGUCAUCGAAAUACAAGGAUUAGCUCCAGGGCCAUUUUGUGGAGCUAUUUUAGCUGACUUUGGCGCUGAUGUAACAGUGAUUAGUAAGCUAGAACCAUUACCUUUCGAUGUGUUAAAUAAUGGAAAGAAAAGUAUAUCUAUUGAUAUGAAGACCAAAGAAGGUAUUGAAAUAGUAAAGAAAAUGUGUACCUCGGCUGAUGUAUUUCUGGAUACAUGCAGACCCGGAGUUAUGGAAAAUUUGGGACUGGGUCCAGAUUCUAUUGCAAAACUUAAUUCACGUUUAAUUUAUGCUAGGUUGACAGGUUAUGGACAAAUAGGACCGUACAAAGAUAAAGCAGGCCAUGAUAUAAAUUAUGGAGCUAUGUCUGGAAUACUCUCUCUCUUAUCAAGGAAUGGUGAACCACCAGUAGCACCAUUGAACAUACUAGCUGAUUUCGCAGGAGGCAGCGUUCUUUGUGCCUUUGGAAUUGUUUUAGCUUUGUAUGAAAGAACUAAGUCUGGAAAAGGUCAAAUUAUAGAUUCUGCAAUGACAGAUGGUUUAAUGUAUAUCUCUUCAUGGAUAUUUAGGUCAAGAUUUUUACCAAUAUGGGGAGGAGAACCAGGCACCAAUCUUUUGGAUGGUGGAUUUGCUGCUUAUAAAACAUACAAAACAAAAGAUGGAAAAUUUAUGGCUGUUGGUGCUUUAGAGCCACAAUUUUAUGCAAACUUUCUCAAGGGACUUCAACUCUCUCCUGAAGAAUAUAAUCAAUUUAAUAAUUCAGACAAUCAUAAUAAAUUUGCAGAAAUAUUUUUGACCAAAACCCAAGAGGAAUGGUGCCAAAUAUUUGAUAAUUUAGAUGCUUGUGUAACUCCAGUUUUAGAAGUCGAGUCUUUGAAUGAACAUGAAUACCAUAAAGUAAAAAAAACAAUACUCAAAGAUGAGAACAAUAUAAUCAUACCUCAACCACAACCAAGAUUCAGUAGAACUCCAGGGAUAUCAGCUGGUCAGGUGAAAGCUAGUUGGUAUGGACAACAUACUGAGCCAAUAUUGCAAGAAUUAGGUUAUAGUAAAAAGGAAAUUGAAAUACUUUUAAGAAACGGCAUUGUAAAUACAUAUAAAAGAUCAAGUUUAUAAUAGGUUUAAUCUAUUGUAUUAUUUUGUAUGAGCUUUACAAAAUCAUUGUGGUUUUAGGAAUUGGGUGUGCUAAUAUCUUGAUCUUGGUUAUUAGAAAUAUUAUUUUUUACUAAUAGUUCCUUUAGUGCAAAAAAAUCUUUUUGCAUUUGUAAUGGUAUUACGUUACUAUCAAUAAAAAGGGAGUGAUUUGCUAUUAAAUCCAUCACAC